AUGCAGGUUAUAGGCGAGUCGUAUUCAGGAGUUCUUACAAGAGCACAACAAAAGGCGAAGCGAACUGCUUUAUUCAUCAAAGUAGAAUAUUGCAUGUUUAAUUCGUUUAUCUCAAAAGUCGAACCCAAAAAUGUUCAAGUUGCUCUAGACCAUUCGGAAUGGGUACAAGCGAUGCAGGAGGAGCUCGUUGAACUCGAACGAAACAAAGUCUGUACACUGAUUCCUACUCCAAAGGAUGCAUCUGUUGUAGGGUUAAAGUGGGUGUUUCGCAACAAACUUGAUAAAGUGGGAAACGUUAUACGAAACAAAGCACAACUAGUUGUAAAGGGGUAUUGUCAAGAAGAAGGCAUUGAAUACAAAAAGACAUUCACACUUGUUGCUAGGCUAAAAUCCGUUCACAUCUUUCUAGCUUAUGCGGCAUAUUAG